UUCAUAAAAAGCCGGUUAUAAAAAAUACAAAAAAAAUUCCUAGAAUGAACUUGAUUUCUAAAAGAUUUCAUCCUAACAGCGUCGAAUUGAAAGAUUCGAAAGCAACACACGUUUUGUUUUUUUUUUAUGUUUGUUAAAAUGUUCUUAAGAAGUCCGAGUUCUUGAAAUUCCCCUUCCAAAAUUAAUCCAAUUGUGACGCAAUCCGUGCUAAUAGAUAUUAACAUCGAUGAAAUGGUCAAAUGGCCAGUUGUUGUAAAUUCGUUGAGUACUAAAGAUCAAGAGUAUCAAGAUCACAGUCCAUAAUGCAAUUUUAUUUAGCAGCUCUUGCCUUUUUGGCAAGUGUUUUAUAUUCGCAGGCAGAGCCUAAAGUUGUAUGUUAUUAUGAUAGUAGAUCCAAUACAAGAGAAAGUCAAGGCAAAUUCGAUAUAGGCUUCAUUGACCCUGCUCUGCAAUUCUGCACACACUUAAUUUACAAAUCAGCCGUAAUUAACGCCGAUACUAACAAAUUGAUGCCAUUGAAUGAACGUUACGAUGUCACACAAGAUAAUUACAGGAAAAUUACCGAACUGAAAAGAAGAUAUCCUGGUUUAAGAAUUCUUUUAGCGGUUGGACAUGAUUAUGAUGAUGUUGAAACUAAAGCGAAAUAUUUAACUUUGUUGGAAUCGGUAGAUACAAGAUUGGCGUUCGUUAAUUCUGCUCAUACAUUGGUAAAGUCAUACGGUUUUGAUGGUUUGGAUCUUGGUUGGGAAUUCCCCAAAACUAAACCGAAGAAGAUUCGCAGCUCUAUUGGUUCAUUCUUCCAUUCUAUAAAAAAGAAGAUUGUUGGUGAUUCAAAAAAAGACGAUAAAGAAGAAGAACAUAAGGAGCAAUUUACUGCUUUGGUUCGUGAAGUUAAAAAUACAUUCAGACAUGAUGGAUUAUUGGUUACUCUUUCUGUCCUUCCAAAUGUUAACAGCACAGUUUAUAUGGACACAAGGAACCUAAUUCAACAUGUAGAUUUGGUAAACAUCCUGGCUUAUGAUUUCUACAAUCCUACUCGUAAUCCAAAAGAAGCUGAUUAUCCAGCACCUUUGUACGCUUUAUAUGAUCGUAAACCGGACGAAAAUGCCGAUACAAUUGUCAGACAUUGGCUUGAAACCGGUGCUCCUAGCAACAAACUUAUUUUGGGUAUCCCAACAUACGGUAGAUCAUGGAAAAUGACUGAAGAUUCAGCGAUUAGCGGAGUUCCACCUUUCACAGUUGAUGGAGCUGGUGAAGAAGGACCUUAUACAAAAACCCCCGGUAUUUUAAGUUACCCCGAGGUUUGUAGCAAAAUUGCAAAUCCUAACAACCUGAAAGGAGCUGGAACUCAUUUAAGAAAAGUUGGAGAUCCAACUAAAAGAUACGAACGUUGGAAUAGUACAGAUGUAGACAAGAGAUAUGGAAUAUAUGCAUUCCGUUUACCUGACAGCAAUGAAGAAGGUGGUAUUUGGGUAGGAUACGAAGAUCCAGAUACAGCAGGAAAUAAAGCUGCUUAUGCACGUGCCAAAGGAUUAGGCGGUGUUGCAAUCGAUGACAUAACUUUGGAUGAUUUCAGAGGAUUAUGUACGGGUGAUAAAUUCCCUAUUGUUCGUACAGCUAAACAUAGGUUGUAAAAAUAUAAAAUAUAUCUUUUUAAUUAUUUUACAUUCUGUUCAAUUGCGAUAAAUAAAUAAUACACAAAGGA